CUCAAGUUUUGUGACCAAGGUUUCGGUUUAUGCUUCAGUUGUCUUGCCUGGGAGAACAUGCCUGGUACAGAGAUCGGUCAUGACAGUGGUGCAACACCGUCCAUACGGUGCCCCUUCGACGAAUUUGAACGGAUUCUCGAGAAGAAUCCCAUUUUGGCGCCCACUGGCUGUACGGAAAAGUUUUGCCAAGCUGGACGUCUCAUCCACAGCGCUGAGCCAAAGGUCGGGGAGAAUCGUCCGCUCGAAGUGGUGAAGAAUGAAGCGGUGGCAUUUCUCUGGCAGUUGUGGCAGGAAGGCAUCUACACCGAAGACCGUUACCUAGAAAGACGCGCACAAGUACUGGAGGAGAUCGCUCGAUCAACUAAAACCACAAUUGUGUGGGAUCAGGAAUGCAAGCGAGUGGGCAAGACUUCGAUCUGGACACAAAGCGCCGAAGAACUUCGCUAUGGGCUGCGUCUGGCCUGGAAGAAUUCGCGCAGGUGUAUCAUGCGCUCGCGGUAUCAAGGUCUGGGCCUCUGUGAUCUGCGACAUAUUCACACUAGCGUCGGUAUGGCCACAGCACUUCUCGAGGAAGUCACUAAGGCCUUCAACGAUGGUCAGAUUGAGCCGACGGUGUUUGUGUUUCCGCCGAAGUCUGUGAAUGGCAGUGGCCCAAGGUUUUGGAACAAGCAAGUGCUGAACUUCGCUGGUGUACGUUAUCCGCUCUACUGGAUUCGCAACCCGCAGUACGAGCUAGAGGACGGCUCUAUUGUAGGUGACCCCAGUAACGUCAAGUUAACCCAAGACAUCAUUGACUUGGGCUGGGCACCACCACGGCCCAAGACCCCAUGGGAUCUCCUACCAAUUGUUGCCAUGGCGGAGAGCGACGCACCGGCUCUUGUCGAGGUGCCGGAUGACCUCUGUCGGCUGAUUGCCAUUCGACAUCCAGACUACCCCGGCUUCAAUGAACUCGGCCUCAGGUGGUACCAAUUCCCAGCCCUAAGUCGACUGGGCUUUGAUAUAGGCGGAGUUCAGUACAUGGAUGCGGAGAUCGGGGUGAGGAACCUUGCCGACAUGUUCCGUUUUGACGCCCUGCCCGAGGUGGUCAAAGCCAUUGGGUUUGACAUCAACGCCUAUCGUGCCAAGCCUGAGUACGCAGACAUACGAGAGCUGGAGGAUCUUCCAGACUAUGAGCAGCUGCGGUGGCGGAGCCGCGCCCAAGCCGAGCUGAAUUACGCCGUGCGUUGGUCCUUCCUCCAGCAUGGCGUUACUUGUUUCGACGAUGAACAUGCCGCGAAGAAGGGCUACCGACUGAAUUCAGAUCACUAUUGGCUGUCACCGCCGCAGGGAUCAAUCAUACCCGUGUGGCAUCGUGGUGGUGCGCCAAAUUACCAGCCGAAGCCCAUGAUUUGCCGGAAUCGGUAUGAUCCUGUUAACUCCUGGCAGCGUCGGAAGGGUUCUACGGAGGCAGUUCCAGCCCUUCUGGUGAGAAACGGGAAUACCUGGGUCACCGAGGCUCUGACUAGCUUUGCCACUGAAAUUUUAGGCCCCAAGAGGCGUAAACUGACAGAAUCUCCCAGCAAAGAGCAACCCUGCACGGUGCAUCUAUCCUACUGCAGCCAGGGUACUACAGCACGGACUCUAGCUGAAAGGCUACACCGGCGACUGAAGCGCAGUGCUAGAGGCUUUCGAGUGAAGUUUAGCACCUUGGACGCCUUGGAUUUGGCUCUUGUCGAAACAUUCGAUACCAUACUUCUAGUUGCCUCGACCACCGGCAGUGGUGCAUUUCCUGCCAAUGGAGCUAAUUUUGCGAAGGCCUUAGGGCAUUUCCGCCACACGCUCAAGGUUGACUUCUCCCGUGUCCGACUGUCCGUCUUUGGGGUUGGGGAUAGUGCCUAUCCCAAUUUCAAUGCCGCAGCAAUUACCGCCUACGACUUUUUCCACCACCUCAAUAUCUUGCCCAUAGCUGGUGGAUUAAUAAAGGCCUAUGUGGCAUCCGAAGCAUUGCCGUUGCGCAUGUUCAAUCGCUGGUCGGACGCGGUCGAGUCUGCGUUAAUGGGAGGGAAAGGCGAAUUGACUAGUGAUCCGGAAGAAGCGUUCGUAACGCACGCUGAGAUGCUCCGCAAUUUUAGCGAAGCUACGGUUACCUCUAAGGCAUCCAGCCGGACGCACGAUGGACUGGUCCUAUUGACUCUUGACGGCAUCGAAUGUGCCGACAUGACCCACCAACGGCUUCUUCCCACGAAUUCCUCAUCUCAUGUCUCCCGAGCCAUCACAGCCCUGGAAAUCACAGAUCCUCAGCUGCUUAUACCGUUCUCUGGCGAAGGGCUCCAGCAUCUAUUCGCGGGGUUUCGGCCUGCGGAUGAGAACCUCUUUCACGCGGUAGUCCACCUGGCGCAGAGGCAUCGUGUGUUAGAUCUGGCCUGUCUUGUUCCUAGUAACCGCGAAAAGAAGCGUGUUCAGUGUUUUUUACUGGACAAAUGUAACGAAAUUCGGACGAAAUUAGUGGAACAGGAAGGAUAUGUCUAUGUCUGUGGGAGUGCCGCUAUGGCUGAAGGGGUGCAAGCUAACCUCAGCGAGAUUUUGGUAGGAAAUGUGAAGCAGAUCAUGGGCGAAAGAUAUGUAGAGGAAGUUUUCUGA